ACUAUUUUUUUGCACACUACGGUAUUUACUAGUAUAGCCUAGACCAGGUUCUACAUAUCUAGGUAACACCAUCUAUUUGUUUCCACAUCUUCAUCUUUCUUCAAUCAUUCACAUCUCAAAAAAAGAAAUUAUCAAAGACAAAAAAAAAAAACAAAUGGAUGAACUAAUUGUCUCCUCUUCCUCAUCAUCCUCAUUUUUCAUGCCAAACUUACUUUCUCAAACAAAUCAACCUUCAAGCCUUCAACAAAUGCUACAACAUAUUCUCAAAAGCCAAACAGAAUCUUGGGCGUAUGCUAUUUUCUGGCAAACAUCGAACGAUGACGAUGGUCGGCUUUUUUUAGCUUGGGGUGAUGGUCAUUACCAUGGUACUAAAGUGAAAAAAGGAGGAACAAAUAAAGCCAGUUUACAACAAUCAACAGAGAGGAAAAAUGUUAUUAAAGGUAUACAAGCUUUGAUUAGUGAAAAUAAUGGUGAAAUAGUUGAAGAUGGUGAUGUUACUGAUGCUGAAUGGUUUUAUGUUAUGUCAUUAGCUCAAUCUUUUUCUAUUGGUGAUGGUGUACCAGGUAAAGCUUUUAGUACUGGUUCAUCUGUUUGGUUAACUGGUUCUCAACAACUUCAGUUUAAUUACUGUGAAAGAGCUAAAGAAGCUCAUGUUCAUGGUAUUGAAACUUUAGUAUGUAUCCCGACUUCAAACGGAGUUCUAGAACUGGCUUCAAGUGAUAUAAUCAAAGAAAACUGGAACUUGAUUCAACAAGUCAAGUCCAUGUUCUCUUCAGCUCAAGAAAAUAUACUUAUUGAAAAACACAUUUCUUUCGCUGAUUUUGGUUUUGCCACUGUCUUACAAGAAGACGAUGUCAAAAAUAGGGUAGAAAAGGCGAAAACAGCGGAGAAAACAGAGGAAAUUGCGGUUUCUGCAGCAACCACGACUUUAUUUCAGGAUUCUGAAAAUUCGGGUGAUUCCGAUUGUCAAGUACUUUCUGAAAAGCCGGUAGUGGAGAAAAAAACACCGAAAAGAAGAGGGAGAAAGCCCGGGGUAAGUCGGGAAAACCCGUUGAACCACGUGGAGGCGGAGAGGCAGAGGAGGGAGAAAUUGAACCAUAGAUUCUACGCGUUACGUUCUGCUGUACCACAUGUCACGAAAAUGGACAAAGCCUCGUUGUUAUCUGAUGCUGUUGCAUAUAUCAAUGAACUGAAAUCAAAAGUUGAUGAAUUGGAAGUGCAACUUAGUAGGAAACCAAAGAAAAUGAAAAUAGAAUCUAUGGAAAGUACUACUAUGGAAGCACUUAGUACUACUACUACUGCAACAACAACAACUUCUGUGGAUCAAAUUAGGCUUAAUUCUUCAUAUCCAAAUGUUGAAGUUGAAGUGAGGAUUUUGGGUCCAGAUGCAAUGAUAAGGGUACAAUCAGAAAAUGUGAAUUAUCCAUCUGCAAGAUUAAUGAGGACACUUCAAGAUCUUGAAUUACAUGUCCAUCAUGCUAGUAUUUCAAGUGUUAAUGAUUUAAUGUUACAAGACAUAGUUGUUAAAGUUCCUCAAGGAUUGGGUACUGAAGAUGGAUUAAAAAUUGCUCUUCUUAGAAGCUUAGAGCAGCAGUAGUAGUAGAAUGUUGAUUAAUUAAUUAUGUAGUAAUGUUGUUUAAUUUUUGUGUCCAAGUAGUUAUGAAUUUCUUCAGUCUUUUUGUAA